CGCAAACUUGCAGCAAGUGGCCCUGUUCAAGCUUUUCACUGAGGCGCCCUCCUCGAACAAAGGGUGGAAAGACCGGUGGUGCUAUGUGAAGCUGACCGAGAGCCCCUUCCCGAGGGAAUUGCGUGACCGGUUUAGGAGGCAUGAGAAGAGGAGGAGCGUCGCCCUCGAGAAAGACGGCAGGAUCCUGGCCAAGAUCCCGGAGGGCCGAGACAAAAAUAUAACCAUCAAGGAGUGCACCCAAGAGAUGACCUCUACACCCUCGGGUUCCGGUGGUAUAGCUUCCUGGGGGAAAUGGAUGAAAGGUUCCCGGCUUUUGAGAGAGCCUCCGGAGGUAGUGGCUGAGAGCAUCCAAUCCUUCAGACUUACGUAUAUUUAGGUGUAGAUAUGCUUUUCGUUGUAUGUUUUCUCCUUCGGCUUUAACCGUUAUUAUUUUUUCAAGUAUCAACAUGGACCUCAAUGCCUUCGCCAAUCUGAAGAAACAGAAGGUCAAGGCCCCGGGCCAGAAGGAGCCCCCUAAGCAGAAGCCCCUCGGGGAGCUGAAGAAAGGCAGUGAGCCCUCGGGGGAGGCCGCUAAGCGGAAAGCCGCCGGCAAGGCGCCAAUCCCCGAGGGGAAGAAACAGAAGAAGGGGGAUGCCGGGAGGAAGGCUCCCCUAGUGGUGGUGGUGGUGUAACACCUCGGCCCCGCAGGCCCCGAGGUAGUUACUCCAGACCUCUGGUACUGUCCCCACAAACCACCACGAGCCUUUACCGCGCACUUUGACCUCACUCGUGCGCGCCCUGAGAAACUUCCCAGGGGGUCACCCAUCCCAAGACUACUCCCGUGCAAGCACGGUUAACUUUGGAGUUCUUGGGUGAUGAGCUCCCUUAAAAGGAGAUGCACCUAUGUUGGUAUGAGUAGUACUAUUAAUCCGUUUAAAUUAAAUCUCAAGUAUUACAAUCACCCCCACUUAGGAAUGCAACGUCCUCGUUGCGCCCAUAAACCAAUCUCAAUCAUAUCCCAGAAUCUUUUCCCCUGCUAAGUGCUCGCCCGAUAUCCAACGAAUCAGCACACUGUCGCAGGGUUGCUCUGAUACCAUUUGUAACACCCCGGCCCCGCAGGCCCCGAGGUAGUUACUCCAGACCUCUAGUACUGUCCCCACAAACCACCACGAGCCUUUACCGCGCACUUUGUCCUCACUCGUGCGCGCCCUGAGAAACUUCCCAGGGGGUCACCCAUCCCAAGACUACUCUCGUGCAAGCACGCUUAACUUUGGAGUUCUUGGGUGAUGAGCUCCCUUAAAAGGAGAUGCACCUCUGUUGGUAUGAGUAGUACUAUUAAUCCGUUUAAAUUAAAUCUCAAGUAUUACAGGUGGAUGAGCAUUCCGCCUCCGAGCCCAGUGCUCCAAUGACAUCAACUGCUCCUUGCCCGCCCUCGGGUAUAGGUGGUGAGGCAAGCUUGCCUCGGGAGGACAUACAGUUCUCCCUGCCGAAGGGGGCAGCCAUUACGCAUGGCACAGUAGACCCCCGUGAAUUUUUGGGCGGGGCUACCCCUGCUCUGGAUAGGAGGGCCCUCGGGAAGCUCGACGAUGAAGGCCUCAAGUCAAAGAUCCUCCGGUCCUCCCUCACCGCCUGCAUAGCCCUCGGCGAACACGCCAGGAGGUUCGAUGAGUGGCGCCUUCAGAAGGCACAACAGGAGGAGUCCUUCAAGAAGCUGAUUCACGACAAUGCCGAGGCCAUGAGGCAGAUGGCUCAGCUGGAGAGGGACCUCCAGCAGGCGAGGGCGGAAGCAGAGAAGGCGGCCAAUGAAAAGGCGAAGGUGGAAAAGGCUGUUGUCGAGGCUGCAAAGAAGGCCUCCGAAGACGCUGGGGCCGCCAAAGCAGAGGCCGCCGCCGGUGCAGUCGCUGCCUUCAUGACCGAGGACUGGAAGGCCGAAGGCAAUAAAGACUGGGUGGCCUCGGUCGUGGAGAGUUCUGCCGACGGGUGGGUGAAGGGCCCCGGGGCGAUGUGGCUAGCCCGAAAGGGUGAAGAUUACUAUGCCGGGGGGGAGUUCUUCACCCAGGCCUUGAUCUACAGGAGGCUUGCACGGCACCUGAAAAUCGAGCCAAUGGCCUUCGACCCGGCGGCAUAUGGUCUCCCCCCCCCCCUCCAGCCUGAUAUCAGAGUCCCCCUUCCCGAGGGCGUCGAGAGCCCAGAACUGGAGGAUUCCGAACUCCUGAAAGAGGCCGAGGGUGAUGAAGCAGAGGCUGAUACGGAGGUCAUCUCAAAGCCAUCGGAAGAGGCUGCCCCCGGAGCCGACAAUAUAUGAUCUGUAUUUAGUAGUGUUUUGAACGCCUUCUCUGUAUGUAAUGGAUAUCUGUGUACUUUAGGCCUCGGCCACAUUGUAAUUUAUACAUUUG